ACUACCUGACUUCACACACACACUGCAGGCUGAGAAACAGAGCUGAAAAAAGGAUUGAACCAAUCAUGCUCCUGCUCCUGGUGCUCUCUGGGUGCUGUUUUCACAUGUUUUUCGCUGUCGGAGUUGUGUGCAUGCCUGCUCAGCUGCAAGGACCCCACAUCACCCAAGGCUGGGGCCAGGUGGUUCGGCUCAGGCACCUGUACGCCGCCAGACAGGGAGUACACCUGCUGAUCAGUGAGGACGGUCAGAUCCAGGUCUCUGAGGACCAAACACUGCACAGUCUGAUGGAGAUCCGUCCGGUGGGUCCAGGCUGUGUGGUCAUCAGAGGAGUCGCCACAAAUCGGUUUCUGUGCAUGGAGGGAGACGGAAGACUCUACUCGUCGACCACAUACAGCAGAGAUAACUGCACCUUCAGAGAGCAGAUCCUGCCAGACGGCUACAACGUCUACUUCUCAGACAGACACGGAGUCCUGCUGAGUCUGGGGAACCAGCGGCAGAGGCUGCAGGAUCAAGACAGAGGCGUCCCAGCUCUGGCCCAGUUUCUACCCAGGAUCAGCACCCUGUACCAGGCCUCACCUCCUGGACCAGACAUCCCUGAGCAGCCGGGACAGAGUCUUGAUCUAACAGAGGAACCCGUGGACACGAUGGACGCGUUUGGGAAGCUGUCUCAGAUCAUUCACAGUCCCAGCUUCCACAAGAGAUGAGACAGAUGCUUCCACACGUGGAAAUGGAUGUGCACUCCGCUGCAUGUUGAAGAACAAGGGAAGGAUGAAGGGAUGGAAAAGGAUGCCAGACAGGAUACUCCUGCAGUGUCCUCCAGAGGGAAGGCUGAAUCCAGUGUUAGUAACACCCUUAAAGUUCACUAACAAAAUGCCCAUGGCACACAGGGAAAGAUGUGUUGAACAUUUAGCUGUUUUGUUUUUAACUUGGUGAAAGUGACAGAGUAGCUACAUGAAAAGAAAGUGGGGAAAAAAAAGGAAAAGUCACACUGUGAUUCUGAGCGCUCCAGGGAAGCUGGACGUCAUAGAUUACGUCUUUGUUCCUAAGUGCAAAUUCCUCUUUUAUGUUCAUUGUUAUUCAUACAUAGGCAAGGCAAGGCAAGUUUAUUUAUAUAGCACCUUUCAACAAGGCAAUUCAAAAACACACACAACAUCAAAAGCAGCAUGACAGAGGGGAAAUAAAAAUAAAUAUUAAAAUAGAAAAUUUAAAAAUCACUAACACAAAGAAUUCAAAAUCACAGAGGAGAACCAUUCAGACAUUCCUCUGCAUUUUUACUCCUUCAUAUCCCAGACUGUUGGAUAUUACCUCCUGAUAUUCCAGAUUUUAUUAAGGGAGUCGGUUUGGUUUACUGUAACCAGGACACCAUUUUAAUAAUCUGGAUUAUUCAGUUUAUUGCCUCUUUCCUACCAAUCUUCAAUUACCCAGUAAUUGGUAUCACAAGAUAUACAUAGAG